AACAAGGAAUCCAGAAUGAAUUUUUUAAGCAAUUUAUUCAAAAGAGCCACAAUAAUAACUAGAACUCCUCAAAUUGUAUCAGUGUUACAAACACCACCAGUUAAAGGAUCAACUAUAGUUCCUUCUAGAGGAUUCAAAGUUUUUGGAAAAGUAAGAAAGCGUUGCAAGGAUUGUUACUUUGUUACCAGGGAUCAACGACUAUACAAUUUAUGCAAAACUUUUCAAAAACAUAAGCAAAUGAGCAUCAGACAAACAGACAAGGCUUACUAUAUUCUGACAGGUGUACAGCAAAAAAAACAAAGGGAAUGGUGAUGAAAUUURCCAUAACUUAGUUAAAAAAAAUCAAAUUUUUUACAUAAUAUUUUGAUAUUGUGUAUUCACUUAAUUGGUGUACUUUGAAGUUAAUAGUUAUAGACUAAAGUGUUAGCMAAUAUUUAAGAAAUAUAAUAUGUUUUGUAUUGCAUAAA